AUGGCUGACGACGGGUAUGAAAGAGAAGAAGGUGAAAUCGUUGAAAAGGAAGGUACGAAAAGCAUGCAGGAAACCAACCGGGAUGAUGGAAUGCAAACAAAUUCGGAGUUGACACCGGAAGAAUCAACGGUGCCGGAAGCACCACCGGCGCGUACAGAAGUCAACUCGGGAGAGGAAGAGUCGCAUAGGGAACAUAAUCACGGGGAUGAUAUUCCAAGGAAGACAAACGAAGAGACUAAUGGGAAUUCCAAAACAAUAACUGAUAACGGUAAUAUCCCUCCCACAAUGAACUCCAUUGAAUGCGGUGGGGUCAACCAGACUCUACCCGUCUCCCCAAUUUCUAAUACCAAUAGAAUGGUUAAUGGACUACAUAUGGGAUGUUUUGGGCCAUUCCCUUCCCCUGUAUUAUCUGAAGCCCAAACCCAAGGUGUAGUUGGAUCGCUUGGCAAAAGGAAAAGAAUGGAGAGCACUGAGCCCAUAUUCCCAAUAAACAACAUUACCCCAAUGGCAAGCUUGUUCGAUGAAAUUCAGGAUGCACAUCUGUUCAAUCUGAAUACUCGACAACUGAUUGGAAGCUCCAUCUCCACCCCUGAUUCUCCUUCUCUAGACCUUAAAAGGGUAGCCGAUGGACAAGGAAGUGAACCCUCAAAUAGCGAAUGUCCCUCCUCAUCCCUUGAAGCGGGAAAAACAGCAGAAAUUGAUCAGGAACUGGGAUUUGAAAUCGAGUCAGGUAACCCAGUUCUACAGGAAAGCCUCCAUAGUCACGCAUCAACCGACAGUAUUGACGAUUUAUGUAAUAUUCAUCGACCGACGAUCUCCUCCACAAUAACGCCUCCAUCGAGUGCCUCUUCUCAUCAGGCAGGCGUAAACAUGGUGGCAGAGCUGAUUGGAGUUACUUUGGGUCCAAGAAGUAGGAAUGUAGUGUUGCAGAACAAGUAUUUUCUUCCAUAAUUUUUGUUUUUUCUGUUAUUUAACAAUUGGGUUCAUCUGUUGGUUCCUCUCCAAAAAUCUGUAAAAUGUUUAUAAACAUUAAUGAACUAUGCAUCCCUACGUAAGUAGUUUAAACUGGUUACAAAUGGUUAUAUAGUGUUUA